AAACACAGUUUCCAGUUUCACUUUUAUUAUGACUAAAUGACAUGUAGCUAGUCUGUCAGUUUCAGUCCGUGAGGCUGGAAAACCCUCACAACACACACUGUCGCACAGGAGGAUCAACUUCAUCAUUCGAACAGGAAGGAUCACAUCAAAGCUUGAUGGACUCUUGACGUGAGGAAGACAAACAAAGGAACUUUACAGAUCUUGAAAUCAGACACGUUUGAAGCUCCAUCUGCAGACAUGGCUGAAGACACUCCCCUGCUAAACAAAAGACCAACAUCGAGUGAAUCCCAGAUCAACAACUCCAAACUCUACCUGGCCGUCUUCUCUGCCAUCCUGGGAAACUUCAACUUUGGUUACUCCCUGGUCUACUCAUCCCCGGUCCUGCCACAACUAAUGAGACCUGAUGCUGAACCCCGGCUCAGGAUGGACACGGAACAGGCCGCCUGGUUCGGCUCGAUCUACACACUGGGGGCAGCAGCCGGAGGGCUGGGGGCCAUGCUGCUCAACGACUUGAUUGGACGGAAGCUGAGCAUCAUGAUGUCAGCAGUGCCGUCGACCAUAGGAUACAUGAUGCUUGGAGGGGCUGUGGACCGGUGGAUGCUCCAUGUGGGCCGUUUCCUCACAGGCAUUGCCGGGGGGAUGACGGCAGCAUCAAUUCCUGUUUACAUCUCAGAGAUUUCCCACAAAUCAGUGAGAGGAGCUCUGGGUUCCUGCCCUCAGAUCACUGCUGUGUUUGGGGCCCUUGCACUUUAUGCCUUAGGUCUGGUGUUACCGUGGCGGUGGCUGGCAGUGGCAGGAGAGGUGCCAGCUCUGCUGAUGGUUGUGCUGCUGGCGUUUAUGCCUUGCUCCCCCAGGAGGCUCCUCUCUCUGGGCAGAGAGCAGCAGGCUGAGAGGGCCCUCCGCUGGCUGAGGGGAAAAAACUACGACAUCCACAUUGAACUCAGUGCCAUACAGCACAGCAUCAACACACAGGGUAAAGUCACAUGGUCACAGCUGGCCACACCCCUGUACUACCGGCCAAUCAUGAUCUCAGUCGUGAUGCGUUUCCUGCAACAGAUGACAGGCAUCACGCCCAUUCUGGUCUACCUGGAGACCAUCUUUUCCCAAAGUAAAGCGUUCCUGGAGCCUAGGUAUGAUGCCGCCAUCGUGGGUGCAGUGCGCCUCUUAUCUGUUGCCACGGCGGCCCUGUUAAUGGACAAAGCGGGACGCAAAGCCCUGCUGUACACGUCGAGCAUGCUGAUGUUCGUGUCCUCUCUGACUCUGACCAUGAUCUCACACACCACAUCUUGCCCUCCAGGCCCCACCCCUGAAAAUGUCACUGUGAGUUUGGACUACAACUCCCAUAAUGACCUUGGAAUCACUGCAGCAAGCAUCCUUCCUCUCAUCAGCACCAUGGUGUUUAUAUUUGGAUACGCCAUGGGAUGGGGCCCAAUCACAUGGUUGCUGAUGUCAGAGGUGUUGCCUCUGGCUGCCAGGGGUGUUGCUUCAGGUCUGUGUGUGACUGUCAGCUGGUUGACGGCCUUUAUGCUCACACACGCCUUCACACACCUGGUGGACAAGUACGGCCUGUACGUGCCCUACUUGUGUUUUACUGUGGUGUGUGUGCUCUGUCUGCUGUUCAACGCUGUGUGCAUCCCAGAGACUCGUGGCCGCUCGCUGGAGGAAAUCGAGAACUAUUUCAGGACAGGGCGUACGUUCACCAUCACCCGGAGUCAUUCCACUGCUCACAGUCAAGCCUAAAGAUCACUUUUAUCAAAGGACGAGAUAUCCCCAUGAUGAAUCCCUAAAACGGGGCUGCUGUGAAGUGAUCUUUGAGUUGUUGUAUGUGUGUUGAGUUGUUGAGUUGAAUGUUAAAGUUUAAAGGGUCUGAGGAUAGAAGGUUAGAGAGUGUAAAGCCCUCGGUUCAAACUAUACUAUAGUUAUACAAAUGUACCUUUCUGAUUAGCUUGCAGGUUAUAUAUCAUAUAUCAAACAUCACAAAGAUACUUUGAGUUAAUUUAACUACUGAUACUUAUCUAGCACUUUACAUAUGGAGAGUUGUCGGGGAAAGGCAAUCAACCCUUUCUUGACUACAUCUCAGCCACUGACAGUAUAAACAAUGGACAGCGUAUGUGUGACGUCACCCACAGGUUUCUAUGAAGCUCAGAGUGCGGUGGCUCUGGCUGCCGCCAUCUUGGCAGACUUGUCUCUUCUGCUUCCUGGCUAAUCUAAAAAUCAUGACAACACUGACAGAACUAACAGGGAUUAAAGGUCCACUGUGCAGGAUUUAGUGACAUCUAACUGUGUAGUUGCUGAUUGCAACCCCUCGCCUCACAGUCUCCUUACUAGUGUGACAGAAAGACUAUGGUUGCCGAGAAACAAAAAACAUGACAAGUCCUUUUUUAGUUUGUCCGUUCUGGGCUACUAUAGAAACAUGUCGGUUAAACAUGCCUGGCAUCUGUAGAUAUAAAUCAGUCAAGGUACUGGUUCUCAAACUAUGGCACCACUGUUGGUACACAACCUCCUUCUGGUGGUAGCUGCUGUGCUACUUUUUGAAAAUGUAAUUAAUUAAUUUAAAAACAUAUUGUAUAAAGAAAUACAAACAAUUACUGAAGAAAAAUAAACUUUGAGAUUACAGGAA